AUGGCUGGUCCCGUUCCGCCAGAGCUCCGACCCCUCCUCCAACGACAGGACAACGAGCCGUCGCGCUCUUCCUCCCCCUCGUCCAGCACGACGGCUAGAGACAGCGAAGAUGGCGAUAAACGGCCCGAGACGAGGGUCAUCCAGGAGGAGGACAUCAUCACGGGGGACGUCCACCCCACCCGCGCCGUCGAGGACGAUGUACUGCCCGAGAUAUCCAACCUCGGACGCACGCUCACCUGGCAGAGCGCCUUCAUCAUCGUCAUGUCGAGGGUUAUCGGGAGCGGAAUAUUUGCGACGCCCGGUGUGAUCCUGCGUUCUGUCGGUAGUCCCGGACUCACCCUUGUGCUGUGGCUCGUCGGCGCUGUCAUCGCUGCCUGCGGCUUGUCCGUGUCGCUCGAGUAUGGAUGCAUGCUCCCUCGCUCGGGAGGGGAAAAGGUGUACCUGGAAUUCACGUACAGACACCCUCGGUUCUUGGCCUCCACGCUGGUGGCUAUCCAGGCGGUGCUUCUUGGGUUCACGGCGAGUAAUUGCGUCGUGUUUAGCCAAUACGUGCUCUUCGCUCUGGGCAUCGACCACCCGAGCGAGGUGUUGAGAAAGGGACUGGCGGCUGGGCUGCUGGUGUUCGUCACCGUGACCCAUGGUGUCUUCCCAAAGACGGGCAUCCGGCUGCAGAACGUUCUUGGCUGGGUCAAGAUUGCUAUCGUGGGCUUCAUGAUCCUGUCGGGGAUAUACGUGUUGGUAUUCCGCCCCGGUACUGCGACCACCGGCAGCUCUCCUCCAGUGAGCGACCAGUUAUCGUGGGACCAUCUCUGGGAGGACAGCGUGUGGAACUGGGGCACCAUUGCCACGUCCUUCUUCAAGGUCCUCUAUUCAUUUGCCGGUCUUGACAACGUCAGCAACGUCUUGAACGAGGUCAAGGAGCCUGUCCGGACGCUCAAGUCCGUCACGACCGCAGCGUUGUUUACGACGUGUGGGCUCUACAUCCUCAUUAAUCUGGCAUAUCUUUUGGUCGUCCCCGUGGACGAGAUCAAAGAGAGCGGCGAGCUCAUCGCUGCUCUGUUUUUCGAGCGCAUCUUUGGGCAUGGCUUUGGCAAGACAGCCUUGCCUCUUGCUGUGGCGCUGUCAGCGGUCGGGAACGUACUCGUCGUUGCAUUUGCCCAGGCCCGUCUGAAGCAAGAGAUCGCCAGACAGGGAUUCCUCCCAUACUCACAUCUCCUAUCCUCGACCAAGCCAUUCGGCUCACCCCUGGGCGGAUUCGUCGUCCACUUCAUCCCGUCUCUGCUCGUCAUCGUACUGCCACCAUCGGCCGAAGUAUACUCCUUCAUCCUUGAAUUGGAGGGUUAUCCGGGACAGAUAUUCAGCUUUGCCAUCUGCUCUGGCCUGCUUCUACUUCGUUUCAAACGACCGGACUUGAGAAGGCCAUUCAAAGCCUGGACCCCAGCCGUACUUAUAAAGAUCGCCCUGAGCGUUGCGCUCCUGGCGGCACCUUUCUCCCCGCCGUCUGAGAAGCCGGCAAAUGGGAUGUUUUACGCCACUUAUGCUAUAGUUGGAGUGAGCAUUCUUGUUGCAGGUGUUAUUUAUUGGUAUCUAUGGACUCUUUUGAUCCCCAGGUGGAGGGGAUAUACCUUGGAGGAGGAGACGGGUUUGUUGGACGAUGGAACUUCUAUUACUAGACUUGUCCACAAACCGCAACAGACCAACAUGGCCGCAGCUGCAGUCCAGCAUUCUGUUGUACCAGGAGGCAUCGGCCUGGCCAACCCUCAGCAGCAGACAGAGCAGUUGUCCACUCUCGCUCAGUAUACGGACAAGAGAGACGUGAGGACAGUGCUGAACUAUCACAAGGAUAACGAGGAUGGUUCCCCACCUCGGCCUUCCUAUGUUGACCGCCCAGAGUCAUAUGAACGCCCCUAUUCGUCUCACGAUGCUACUGUUCAUGAUGUGAGAGGCGAGGAGCACCUCUACACCCUGGAUAAGAAUGGAUUCGAGAUCUAUCGCCGUGCAGCAGCCGAGAAGGACUUCGCAGAUGAUGAGCAUAUCAAGGCGGUCUACUACCCCGAGACCGAGCAACUCCUGAAGGAUGCCACGGGCGCAUCUCGCAUCUUCAUCUUCGACCACACCAUCCGCCGCAACCCACCCGGCUCGGAGAAGCAAGGCCGCAACCUCCGCGGCCCGGUCCAGCGCGUGCACAUCGACCAGUCCUACUCGGCCGCCAAGUCCCGCGUGCCUCACCACCUCCCAGAGGAGGCGGACGCGCUGCUCCGCGGCCGGUACCAGAUCAUCAACGUCUGGCGCCCCAUCCGGACGAUCCAGCGCGACCCACUGGCCGUCGCCGAGGCGCACUCGGUGCCAGACGCGGACCUGGUGGGGAUCCCGCUCAUCUACCCCACGCGCAACGGCGAGACGUACGCGGUGAAGCACAACGACGGGCACAGGUGGUUCUACAAGUCCGGGCUGGAGCCGGACGAGGUGAUCCUGAUCAAGUGCUUCGACAGCAAGACGGACGGGAGGGCGAGGCGGGUGCCGCACACGGCGUUUGUAGACCCGACGGCCAAGGAGGAUGCGCCGGCGAGGGAGAGCAUUGAAGUCCGUGCCCUGGUGUUCCAUCCCGAUGACCAGGAAUAA